UAAGAGUUUCAGAAUCUCCAAGAUCUUAUGCAUUUCUUUAUAGAAUUUUAUUUUUAAUAUUCAGUUCCGGGUUUUAAAAUGCAAUCACAGAAAAAUGUCCGCAAUACUCAUUUCCAACUGGGCGAUGACAUCUCCGACCCCUCCAAGAUCAAGGACCCCCUCACUCUGUUGGAGCAGCUGAAUGAGAAGUACAAGAGACAGAAGGCCAUGUACAGGGAGACCAGGGACUACUACUUCCGACUCAACCUAUUCGUAUUCUACCUCCCUCUACUCAUUGUACAAGGCAUGACUUCGGUGUUGACUCACAGUGCAAUGACUACAGGAAAGGAUGAUGACAACUCGAUGAAGUUACUCGUGGCUGUGUUGAAUGGGGUACUCUCUGUAUGGACGGCCGCACAGAUGAAGCUAGGAUGGAACCAGAAGUAUCAGUCGGCCAACUCGACUCUGAUCAAGUACAGAGACAUGAGUGGAAGAGUGGCCAUGUUGUGUCUCAUUCUCGACUGCCAGAAGACCAAAUCAGCCGUUGGCGUUGUGGAGUUCAUCAACAACUGUUACGAGAACGAGAAAAACAUCAUGCAGAGUGAGAUUGCCAUUCCCACCUUCAUCGCCCGCAAGUACAGGAAGGCAGCCAUCUCCAAGGUGAUGAAGCUGAGACAACUGGUGAUCUUAUGA